GCCACACCAGUGAGAUUCACAGACUAGACCCAGAGAAGUCUGGGCCAGCCUCAGCCCCCUCCACAGAAAUAGGCAGUAGAAUUCCCAGCCAUGGGCGAGGUGACGGCAGAGGAGGUGGAGAAGUUCCUGGACUCCAAUGUCGGCUUUGCCAAAAAGUACUACAACCUCCGCUAUCGGGCCAAGGUCAUCUCGGACCUCCUGGGGCCCAGGGAGGCAGCCGUGGACUUCAGCAACUACCACACGCUGAGCAGCGUGGAGGAGAGUGAAAUCAUCUUCGACCUCCUGCGGGACUUUCAGGAGAAUUUGCAGGCCGAGAAAUGCAUCUUCAACGUCAUGAAGAAGCUGUGUUUCCUCCUGCAGGCAGACCGCAUGAGCCUCUUCAUGUACAGGGCCCGAAAUGGCAUUGCGGAGCUGGCCACCCGGCUCUUCAACGUCCACAAGGAUGCUGUCCUCGAGGAGUGCCUGGUGGUGCCCGACUCGGAGAUCGUGUUCCCCCUGGACAUGGGAGUGGUGGGCCACGUCGCACUCUCUAAAAAGGUCGUGAACGUCCCCAACACAGAGGAGGAUGAGCAUUUCUGUGACUUCGUGGACACCCUCACAGAGUAUCAGACUAAGAACAUCUUGGCUUCUCCCAUAAUGAAUGGGAAGGACGUGGUGGCCAUAAUCAUGGCUGUGAAUAAAGUGGACGGGCCCCACUUCACCAAGAGAGAUGAAGAGAUUCUUCUCAAGUACCUCAAUUUUGCAAAUAUAAUCAUGAAGGUGUUCCACCUGAGUUACUUGCACAGCUGUGAGACUCGGCGCGGCCAGAUACUACUGUGGUCUGGGAGCAAAGUCUUUGAAGAACUUACGGACAUUGAGAGGCAGUUCCACAAAGCCCUGUACACAGUCCGAGCCUUCCUCAACUGUGACAGAUACUCCGUGGGGCUCUUGGACAUGACCAAGCAGAAGGAAUUUUUUGACGUGUGGCCAGUCCUGAUGGGUGAGGCUCCACCCUACUCUGGUCCCAGGACUCCAGAUGGAAGGGAAAUCAACUUUUACAAGGUCAUUGACUACAUCCUGCAUGGCAAAGAAGACAUCAAAGUCAUCCCGAAUCCACCUCCGGACCAUUGGGCUUUAGUGAGCGGUCUUCCCACUUAUGUUGCCCAAAAUGGCCUGAUUUGCAACAUCAUGAAUGCACCUGCAGAGGACUUUUUUGCAUUCCAGAAAGAGCCUCUGGAUGAGUCAGGAUGGAUGAUUAAAAAUGUCCUUUCUAUGCCAAUUGUGAACAAGAAGGAAGAAAUUGUCGGGGUGGCCACGUUUUACAAUCGCAAAGAUGGAAAACCCUUUGAUGAAAUGGAUGAGACCCUCAUGGAGUCUUUGACUCAAUUCCUGGGCUGGUCUGUCUUAAAUCCUGACACUUAUGAGUCAAUGAACAAACUUGAAAACAGGAAGGAUAUUUUCCAAGACAUGGUGAAAUAUCACGUGAAGUGUGACAAUGAAGAAAUCCAGAAAAUCUUGAAAACCAGAGAGGUGUAUGGGAAGGAGCCGUGGGAAUGCGAGGAGGAAGAACUGGCUGAGAUCCUGCAAGAACAGCUGCCAGAUGCAGAGAAAUAUGAAAUUAAUAAAUUCCACUUCAGCGACCUGCCCCUGACGGAACUGGAGCUGGUGAAAUGUGGAAUACAGAUGUACUAUGAGCUCAGAGUGGUGGAUAAAUUUCACAUUCCUCAGGAGGCCCUGGUGCGGUUCAUGUAUUCCCUGAGUAAGGGCUACCGCAGGAUCACCUACCACAACUGGCGGCACGGCUUCAACGUGGGGCAGACCAUGUUCUCCUUGCUGGUGACUGGAAAGCUGAAGCAAUACUUCACAGACCUGGAGGCCCUGGCCAUGGUCACCGCUGCCUUCUGCCAUGACAUUGACCACAGAGGCACCAACAAUCUCUACCAAAUGAAAUCCCAGAACCCACUGGCCAAGCUCCAUGGGUCCUCCAUCUUGGAAAGACACCACUUGGAGUUUGGCAAAACAUUGCUGAGAGAUGAGAGCUUGAAUAUCUUUCAAAACCUCAAUCGCAGGCAGCAUGAGCAUGCAAUCCACAUGAUGGACAUCGCGAUCAUUGCUACAGACCUCGCCUUGUAUUUCAAGAAGAGGACGAUGUUCCAAAAGAUCGUGGAUCAGUCUAAGACAUAUGAGACUCAACAGGAGUGGACGCAGUACAUGAUGCUGGAUCAGACACGGAAGGAAAUCGUUAUGGCCAUGAUGAUGACCGCCUGUGAUCUCUCAGCCAUCACCAAGCCUUGGGAGGUGCAGAGCAAGGUGGCUCUACUGGUUGCUGCCGAAUUCUGGGAACAAGGUGACCUGGAGCGCACGGUGCUGCAACAGAAUCCCAUUCCCAUGAUGGACAGAAACAAGGCGGACGAACUCCCUAAGCUUCAGGUCGGCUUCAUUGACUUCGUUUGCACCUUUGUCUACAAGGAAUUCUCCCGGUUCCACGAGGAGAUCACUCCCAUGCUGGAUGGGAUCACCAACAACCGCAAGGAGUGGAAAGUGCUCGCUGACGAGUAUGAAGCCAAGAUGAAGAUGCAGGAGGAGGAGAAGCAGAAAGGGCAGGCAGCCAACCAAGCAGCCGCAGGAAAUCAGCCCGGGGGAAAACCAGGCUCAGGUGGAGGCGCGCCUGCAUCCAAGUCCUGCUGUGUCCAGUAGCGCAAGCGGGGAUCCACGCCCAGACCGGCCCCACCCUUCACUGGAGGAGGGUACCCCAGCCAGUGGGAAACCAUGCACCUGCUUGAGAAGUCAGAGUUAUAGGGUUUGAAGACUGAAGAAGAAUUUAGUUUACAUCUUCCCUAGUGGCUUUCAAGGCUCUUUUCGGCUGUGAGCACUUUUUAUUGAGCUACAACCAACAUUUUGCCUUUCAUAGACUCAGUUAAACAUUAGCGCCAGACUCACCUGCUUACCUAGAAUCAUUUUUGUUCUUAUACUUUCAUUUUAUAGUACACAAAUUUGCAGUCAUCCUCAGAAGUAGACAACUGCACAAUGAAUCCCCACCUACCCAUCACCCAGAUUCUAAUAUCGAGAGUUUUGCCACAUUUGCUUCGUCUGUCCUUCUAUAUUUCUUUCUCAUUUUUCUCUUAGCUGAAAUGUUUAAAAGCAAAUUCCAGACAUAUCGUUUACUCCUCCAUUAUACAUCUUUAAAGACAUAUGGGCGUUUUCUAACAUAACCACAUCCUUAUCACAUGCAACA